UUUUAUUUUCUUUAUACAAAACACACAUUUUAUAAAUUUCAAAAUUUCAAAAUUUCAAAAUUAUUAGCGUAUAAUUUGUUUCGUUAUGCCGACUUCUAUACGCGCACUGAUUUCCGAAGGUCUCCGUGUAGGAGUAAUAAUGGCCGCCGGUGAUGCGAUUUGCCAAACAUUUGUGGAAAAACGAGAGCUGAAAAACUUAGACGUAAAUCGGAUAUUGAAAUUCGGUGCUGUGGGUGUGGUCUACGUUGGCCCCGUAUUAAAAGGAUGGUAUGGAACAUUAGAUAAAAUAGUGCCAAAGGGGUCUCCACCACUCAAUCGUGCGUUAAAGAAAAUGGCAUUGGAUCAAACAUGUUUUGCUCCAUCAUUCAUUGCUAGUUUAAUAGGCAUAUUUGGUCUUAUCAACGGUGAAAGCAUACCAGCCAUCCAAGACCGUUUCAGAAAUGAUUACUUUACGAUUUUGUCACGAAAUUACAUGCUUUGGCCAGCUGCGCAAGUAAUCAACUUUUCCGUGGUUCCACUUAAUUAUCAAGUGUUAUAUGCACAAUUUAUAUCCCUAAUAUGGAACAUUUAUCUAUCUAUGAAGUUGAAUGAUGAAAAGAAAUAAC